CUACUCCCGGUUAACUGUAUCAUUAAAAAAGUUAUGAGAAUAGUUUAUGUAUUUGUUUAUUAUUUAAACAGAUAAUGGCUGUAGCUUACUUCACUGAAUUAUGAGGAAAUAGUUUGUGUUACUUCAGAACUUAAUUUCAUAUAUACAUAUAUAAAUUUUGAAGUGUGUGCCGUGGGAAAGAGAUGAAUAAGCCCAUCACUCCUUCCACGUACGUUCGCACCCUUAGCCAUGGAGUUAUAAGAAAUUUAGCAGAUUUUUUGGACCCACAGGAGGGAUGGAAACAAGUGGCAGUACAUAUUACAAAGCCGACAGGUGAACCGAGAUACGAUCAGCUUCGCUUGAGGAGGUUUGAAGGACUUAUUCAGAGGGGAAAGAGUCCCACGAGCGAACUUCUGUUUGACUGGGGAACUACAAACUGUACGGUUAGUGACCUUGUGGACAUACUCAUAAAGACCAACUUCUUAGCACCAGCAAGCCUUUUGCUGCCAGAUGCAGUACCUGUUUCCAAAUUACCAUUACAACACAUAGGGAAACCUACCAGUAGCCCUGAAAUAAAGCCUUCUUUUCCCAACUAUACCACCAGAAAGGUUGGAGCUUCUCAGUUAAUACCAUUGCAAAAAGCAAAUGAGAGUGCCGGCAGGCCUGGAGUAAGACCUCCCACUCCAGACAGUACCAGUGAAGAAGAUGAUGGACCAUGUCUUAAUGAUACAGGAUUCUACAUGUUUUCUUAUCAGCAUCUAAUGAAAAUUACAGGGAACUUCAAUGAGCAUCCCGUAGCAACAGGCGGUAACAAGUUGGGAGAAGGAGGUUUUGGAGUUGUGUUUAAAGGCUGUUUCAACAGUAGACUAGUGGCAGUGAAAAGGCUAGCUGCUUUGCCUCUCUUUAGUCUUCAAGAACUCAAAAUUCAGUUUGAUCAAGAAAUAGAGACUAUGGCAAACUGCCGCCAUGAAAACUUAGUUGAAAUGAUUGGUUUCUCCAACGAUAGUGACCAUCCAUGUCUGGUAUAUGAUUACAUGCCAAAUGGAUCUUUGAUGGACAGACUGGCCUGUUUGGAUAAUACACCACCACUUUCUUGGUAUUCUAGGUGUAAGAUUGCACAGGGUACCGCAAGAGGGUUACUCUAUCUUCAUAGCAACCAUCACAUUCACAGAGAUGUCAAAAGUGCUAAUAUAUUGUUAAAUGAUAACUUCGUACCUAAGAUUUCUGACUUUGGACUUGCACGGGCAUCAGGACAGUUCACACAUACAGUCAUGACAGAAAGAAUCGUAGGAACAACAGCAUAUAUGGCACCAGAGGCACUUCGUGGGGAGGUCACUCCAAAAUCCGAUAUUUUUAGUUUUGGUGUGGUUCUGCUGGAAAUAAUAACGGGCCUUCUACCCAGUGAUGAAAAUCAAAAGCCACCAUCGCUGCUUGAUAUUAAGGAAGACAUAGAAGAUGACGAAAUGACAAUAGAAGAUUAUGUUGAUAAGAAGCUAGGAACAUGGGACUCCGAAUCCAUUGAGCAAAUGUAUUCUAUUGCCUCUCAGUGUCUUCAUGACAAUAAGAAAAAGAGACCUACUGUAGAGAAGGUUCAACAGAUGUUAGAGAAUUUGACAAGUCAUUCAUAAGUAUGCUUUGGAAUUUGAAGAAGUAUAUAUGGAGAACAUAACUGGUAUUCAUUGAAUUUUCUGAUGUGUAACAAACCAGCGGACAAGUCUAUGUCAAGAAAAAGAGAUGCACUAUGACUCCCAUGAAGCUGUUUCUGUACCACCAGCAGGCCUUUUCAUGUGAAUUUUAUGUAAACUGGGAGCUUGGUUCUGUUACCAGUUUUUCAGCUAACUGUAUUUUGUAUAUAUCGUACACGGAUAUUAGAAAAAUCAUGGUACUUGUUUGUUUAAAACACUGGGGGGAAACACAUUCUGUAGGAUUACAUACACAACUACCUGGAAAGAAAUGUAGGUGUUAAGAUUUGUACUUUUUUAUGUAAUGACCAACUUAAAACAUGGUUACAUGUUUAUUUUAAAUAUACUUUUUUACAUAAACAGGAUGCUACAAGAACUGUAUGAAUUUAUACACAAACCGCAUUCCCAUAUUGUAUUCAUUUGACAGAUGGGGAUCUUCAGCUUUUUAUGCACCAUUUAAACCAUUUAACUACUAUUUUCCAAAAGGCCAUUCUCGUCUGCACAGCACUAACAUAGAGGGAUUAAACCCAGGUGACACAAGGACAAAGUGCAGCUAAUGGGUCGGGGUGCUUGGUGUUGUUGCAAAGAGAAUGGAAGAGGAGGGCCUAUGCAGGAUGGAACAGAGCUGACCCACCCACACACUGCCAUUGUCCCUUUGGAGGAGGGACAGCAGUGCAGAGGGUUUUUGGGGGGUGGAUAUUAGGCUUACAAAGCCCCAGUAAUAGGUAGCAUUAGAAGCCUGUGCUACAAGGGAAGGGUAUUAUAGGCCACUGUGAUCCCCCAAAACUUAGGGGGUAGGGUUACAACCUUCAAAGUGUUGGGAUGCUAGCAAGAGCACAGAACACCCUUAUGUCUGCCUGCAUAACCCCCCACCCCCUGAGCAGCUGUAAACUCAGCUCUGCAUGCAUGGUCUGAUCAAGGGAAAGCUUAAUGGACAGGAAGUAUGGGGCAAAAAAUGGCUGGAAAAAGAAAUAUUGUAACUCCAAAAUGGUUUGACAUUUUUUUUUUUUUUUUGAGGUUUGAUUUUAUGCCGUGAGAUGUAUAUUAGAAAGAAAGUAAGUCAUCAAUGUGUACAGUAGCCCAGCGGCUGCAUCUACUGAUUGGUUGACAGGUUUCUGUAGGGUGAACCUCAUGUUCCCACAAGAUGCAUUGACCUCAGGGUUGGUUAUAUUAAAGGGAUGCCAAGGUGCAGCCUCAUGCUUGAAGCUUGUCCUUUGUGUACUAUGGAAAAAACAUUAAAUUGUAAUGACAUUUUGAAAAGUGGAUUCAGAUUAUUUGCUUUUUCUGCCUUAACGAACCCUUUUAUAUGCAUUGAUGUACAUGAAAGCCACGCUUGCUCUGGGAAUGCUACAGUUCGUAAUGCCAUUGUGGCCUUAAUUAAGCCUUAACUACAAAUGCUUAUUUGCGUGUAAUGCUUUGACAUUGUUCAAUGGAGUUAGUGGUCAUAUUUCAGUUAGAGCCUGUGGAGAAUUCUUUACCUUUGUACAGUUUGUACUAUAAUCUGGAAAAUUUCAGGUCCAGGCUUAGGUGCUUAAUUCCUAACAGCAAUUUGUUAUAGACAUUCAAUUCUAAUAUGAAAGGAAAAAACACAUUUCUGUGAGGAACAAUGUUAUAUCUAGAAACUAAAAUUAAGUGAUCUCUGUUUAUAUUACGGUCAUGUAGCUUACCCUGUGUGUACAGACAGUUUAUCAUUUAAACAUCAGUGAGUUAUAAUAUGAUUUCUACUAUAAUCUGCAUAUAGAAUACCUCUUUAAGAUUAUGAAGCCUGCCACUAUACCUCAGGGAACUGAUUCUUGGCUCUUUUUUUUUUUUAAGGGAAAAAAAAAACUCCAAACCCUUUUUAGUGAAUGUCAUGCUUACUUUAUAAGCAAAAGGUUGCACCAUACUCCAAGUGUGAAUGAACCUAGGGCUUUGUAUAGACGACUUAACCUUAACAUUUCUGGAAAUAAUUGUGUAUAAUACAGCUCUAAUUAUUAAGUCAACAAGAUGUUGGUAGGGGGAUGGAUCUGCAAAACAGUGCUUAAAGUUUAAAUUGUGCGCUUGCCUGACACUAGAUUUCACAGUUUUCUGUUCUAGCAAUGAUAGGGUUGCCACCUGUUCAAAUGCCCAAAGUGUGAUAUUCUUUGUAGAAACGUGCAAUUUUGCAGGACAGACAUAGCCACUGGGAGUGCAAAGGACAGAACUUCACUGUUUUUGUCCAAAUAAAAGCUUAUUCUUGUA